AUGACCUCGCACUCAACCUCCUCCGCCAACUCCUACCCCAUGAUGGCCCUAGCCAGGGGCCUCUCCUUCAUGACCAACGACCCGAGGACUCUCCUCCAGAUCAUCCUCGAACCUGACUACAACCGCCAGCACAUCGCCACGCGAAGGCUGUUCAACGACCCUCGUGGUCGUCGCUCCUUCUUCAGCAGGACCUACGCCGACGCGGACGGUAACCCGCCGACCAUUGGGUCCCACCUCGACUGGACCUUCGGUCUCAUCCACGAGGUCCACGAUUACCUCCAGAGCCUGGCGGACGAGUGUACGCCAGACGAGGAGGACGCACGGCUCGACUUCGAGUCAUACGUCGACCAGAUGGACAUGGCCCUUGGCGCACUCACCGUCAUUGCCCGAACCCUGGACAUGGCGGCGGUCAGCGGGUUCGCCCGACCCAACGGCGCUCCGAACCUAGGAGACGACGACGAUGAUAGCGACGGCGGCGACGAGAAUGACGACCAUAACAUUUCUCCUGCCAUUUCGGCAGUCGGACAGCCGCCUGCUGGAGGCACUUACGAGCCGCUACCGCUGCUCGUUCAGCAGGGAGAAAUCCCUUCGAAUGUGAAUGUCAACAGGUCUUCGGCACCAUCUCCUUCGACAAUGUCGGGAUGGGAGACCGUCUCCUCAGGACCAUGGUCAACGGCGAGCCAGCACUCGCCUUCGACGGCCCAGACAACCCCUGAGGGCACUCCCCUCAACGCUGAGGAGGUCGAGGCUACUAACGCCUUGCUCACCAUCCACACGUGGGCAAGCCCCGAUCACGUCCCGGCCCACACCGAGACGACAUGGCCCGGCCAGCUGCCGAACCAGGACCUCCGAGGACCUGGAGUUGUUGGGAUUCCAAGCCCGGCUCCUCAACAGUGGGGACCCGAAGCAUGGGGGCCUCAAGAGAUGGAGCGACGCUUCGGUUUCGGGGAGCGUGACCUCCCAUCUACACGCAACGGGACGCCGACCGAUGGAACAAGGGACGCAUGGCCGACGACCCCCGACGAGUCGUACCAGUGGUACAGGACGACGGAGACGUUCACUGGUGCAGACAGGCAUUCGUCAACGCCAUCUGCUAUCGGUGCCAGGGUCGGGGUCAUACCCGCUGGGAUUGCUGGCUAUACUCCUGCCCACGGUGUGGCAUGGAGCAGCCCGGACACCCCCCUGGGGACUGCCGUCUACGGCAUGCCGCCGCUCCUGCUUCGACAGGACGCCGCCUACCAGCCGCCGCCCCCGUACGACGCAACAAGGCCAAUGCCGGCCUUCGUCGUCUGA